CGCCCUUCCCAACAGGACCAAGGUCUGGAAACUACUGACGGGAGUUUAACUUGCCAAUCGCCUUCCGCUGGGCCAAAAAUUUAGAUCCUUCUUACAAUCAAAAUACCUUGCAUUUCUGGCUCUACUUGAACUUCUCUGAAUUCUAAUGAUACGAACUUUUCGUUCGUUUCCUUUUCAUCCAAUACGAGACCAACAUGGCACUUAUAUAGGGUUAUGGGUGUGCGCUCUGUGGAUGUGAGGUCGUUGCCACAGAUGAGCUCGUUGCCACAGAUGGGGAUCAUGAGGUCGUUGCCCCCCCCUGGAUGACACAAUUCCGCGGAGUCAUUUCCGGCCCGGAAGGCAUAUUGCUUACCGGAGUUGGUCGCUACGAUCCAUCACGGUUGGAACACUUCAUCGCACCUCUUGACAGAAACAAGCGCUGGAGUGAUGACGGGUACAGCUACCCGCCAACAGAUCGAUUCGGAGUCGCGUCCCAACCAUUAUUCAACGGCAGGCACGGCUUUAUCUUUCACGAAGCCUGUUGGGAUUUGCUGGAGCAAGCUGUGAGUCCAGCUGCGGUACCACUCCAGAGACUGCAUCACGUGUGCAAGUCCCUUCCCAUCCCACCCUCGUUAGAGUGUCCCAGCUGGGGUCACGACUAUGGAGGAGCGCAAACUCUCAUCAUUGAUAACGACUUAUUUCCCUGGAAAGAAGGUCGGUUCAUGUACGCCUAUACGGAAUUGAACGAAGUUCUCCUUAGCAAUCCCUAUCGGGUUCCCGACGCCGACCGUCUGCUGGCCGACCACGUCCUGGGCGAGGACAAGGUCGCGGAACAACCACCUGCCCUGAGAGACACCGAUCGGUCGGUGACCACAGCACCAAAAAGAGAUCAUGAUUGCUUUGCAUCACUUCCGGCGGAAUUGCCUCUGGAGAUCGCCAAGCUUCUCCCUACGGCAGAUGUCCUCAAUGCCCGUCUGGCAUCGAGAGGUUUUGAGGCCGUCUUCCACGAUCAGACAUUCUGGAAAUCCAGGUUCGAAGCAUCCGCUGAGCGGGCUUGGGUUUUUGAAGCUCAACGCGUUAGCGGAGAAAGGGACUGGCGGGGCCUGUAUCGGCGGACGCAAGGGGCCCGGAUACCGCCUGGUCUCCGGAACAGGCGGGGGAUCUGGGGCUUGAUUAAAGGCGUUCUGGAUGUCUUGGACCUGGUGUGGAAGGACCCUCCUCUCAAUGCGGUGCUACAUCCGUACGCGGGUCUGACACGUCCGCGUGCCGAGGUGACCGUACCGUGGUCUUGCGAGUUGUCACUCCGAGAACAUGGUCUCCGGGUCGUCCGGGGUCAAUGCAUAGCCAUUCCCAGCAACCUUAUCCGGCUUUGCGUCUACACGACGGCUCUCGGAGACGAGACAUACAUCGCGGGAUUCUCUUUCAUCACCUCUGCCGGUGUCUCGAUUCAACUAGGCUAUCGCUCCUCGUCCCAGCAUUCUAUCGAGCUACGCCAAGCUUUUGGGUUCCGCCUAGCUGUAGGAUUACACGGCAUCCGGGCUAUACAAUGCAUCACAGGACCAGAUGGCUCAGCUUCAACGUGGUUCGGUUGUCCCGAUGAUGUAUUCCAAACUGAGCGUCUGGUCGAGGCCAAUCCUAUCAUAGGACUAGGGGCUUCAUUCGAUGGUUGUAAAAUGCUCAGCCUCGCCGUUUAUGCACCAUCGGAGCCUCCAUCGAAUGUCAACUUGAGGAACUCGGCGCUGUGGUAUCCUUCUGUGCCACCAUCGACUCUCUGCCUUCACGACGAGGCAUUCGUCCCCAUCAACUUCUAUACUACUGGAUAGAACCCACUGGUUUGGUGCAACGUCGGGGGCAAUGGAGGCGAGAAUCUUCGGCA